GGUAGGCUACCGCUAGAUCCAGAAGAGGGGCUGUUGUUAAUCCAGGAACAGACUGAAGCAUGGGCCAGGAUCGCGAUCGGAUCGGAAUGAGGGGCAACAUCUCCGUGGUGCUUUUUUGGUGUCGAUGCUGUAGUAUGAGGUCGUCCAAUCAUGGUUAAGGUAUCCAUCGAAGUGUCCAGACUACAAGAAGUUCACAGUAACGACAAGUGCAACACAUCAGUUGAACCAUGGGUCAGGCCAUGAGAAGUCGAGAUCCAGCAGGGUGUGAGAGCGAAAAUCCAAGGUCAACAUUCAUUGUUAUUCCAGCGAAGGCUUUCUAUCCAGACAGUAGGGAUCCAAAUCGGGAACGGAGAAAACAGUCCAACACAACGGGGUCCAAGGCAAAAUGUCCAAAACUCCACACUAGGCUUAGUGAGGAGAGAUCCAGGGGUCCAGGCAGAAGGAUACUCCAGAGGGGUGUAAUCGAUGGCGAGUGUGCCACAUUAAACAACACUCGAAGUGUCCAGUCACACAGCGGUUGCUGUGGACGUCAAAUGAAUUCCAUGGUCAAUGUUUGCGUGAAGCCGUCGUGUGACGGGGAGAAUCCGGCAGGAGCAAUAAGAUUCAAGAGUCCAGGGGGUCCUCUAGUGAUGCAAUUGUCGAAUGAUGGUCGAAGAAUAGGAUCCAUGGUGACUUUCGAAAUGCAACAAUCGCAAGGGAAAGAAGAAACGAAACAAACAAACAGAAGGAGAGUAAUGAGGGGUCUACCUGUUAUCUGUUGCCGUAUACUCAGACGAAAAGCCUGGGAGUGGAGCGAAAAACAAAACAAAGCAAGCAAAUCCUAUCCAGGAGACGGACUGGGUUCCAGCGGACAGUCAAGGGUUGUUUUCUAGCCAGGACAGAGAGAUUCUUUGUGAUUUUCCAAGAUCCACGGAUUGGACACUUGUAGAGCAGAAGAAAGGAAGCAAGUGGAUAU